GUCAGUAGUUGGAACAAGGACGCGUACCGUGCACGAAGACCUCGCGCACAAGCCACACGGAAAUCUCCUCUCGUCCACGUUGCUCAGCCAAAGAAAAGCCCCCCGCAAUAAAUAUACAAAAAAAUUCUAGGAAAAUAAGCAGAAAAUAUCACCAUCCGCAUAAUUAUACCACAAUUCCAGCUGUCAAUUUUUACACCGCAAGAUGAGAGAGAACCCCACUGUGUUGUAGUUUUUUUUUUGUGAUUUCCCAAAAAGAUAGUUGAGAAAGUGGCCGUUACGUGUACGCAACGUGUUCGUGUUUCGUGUGUGUGUUUAUUUUUUUUUUUAUUGAUCGCGCUUUAAAACAUAGUUCACCGCAACAAAAAAUUUAGUUGAAAAAAAAAUGUGGCCAGAACAGUGAGAGAGACGCCUCCCCGCCGAGAGGUCUGGACCAGUGCAAUGCAGUGUGCUGCUGGCAGUCAAGGUCGCCGCUUCUGACCAGAAACAUGUCACAGACAACAACAUAGCGCCAGCCCGAGACUCAGCCAGAAAUAAUAAUAUCACAGAAGAAACCACCACCCACCAGCCAACAGCCACCAGCAAUAAGGAAGCAUUUAAGGCGUUUUGAAGCUACUUGAAGCCAUCUUCGGCGCAUCAGCACAAAAAUACACACAAAAACUUAAAGUUUGCCCAGCAUGGGGAGACGCCACAAACAACACUGCCACCAUCCGAUGCGGGGCUCGGCGUGGCAGCUGCAACUGCUGCUGCCCGCGGUGCUGCUGCCGCUUCUCCUGUUGGCCACUCUCGGUCUUGCGUGCCGCGUCUCGGAGUUCUCCUGCAAGGGCAGCGGGAACAGUGGCAACAUUUGCGUUCCUCUGGACAAAUACUGCGAUGGACGCAGCGACUGUGCCGAUGGCAGCGACGAGCCCAAACAUUGUUCGGUGUGCAAUCGUACAUAUUACGGGGAUAUUGGACGCACCUAUGCCAUAAAAGUGCCAACGCCACAGUGGAAUAAAUUGCCGUUCCUCUGUCACUUGACAUUCACAGCAUCCGGUCAUGAUCAAGGCGACAUCGUUCAGAUCAUCUUUGAUGGCUUUACGGUGGGACGCUUCGACGAAGGCAUGGUCGAUACGGAUGUGGAUGGCUAUGAAACGAAUCUAAGUCCCACGGGCGAGCUGCCCGGCUGCCCCGAGGGCUUCAUGCAGCUCAGCGAAUUGGGACGCCCGUUCACCGGGGGCUCGUGGUGCGGCAAGGCCACAGGACCGCAAUUGUAUUUCAGCGAAACAUCAACGGUAACGGCAUCUGUGAAGGUAUUUCAUCCGCCACGCAAUAUACGAGAUGAGAAGCCUUUUGAGUUCAGCAUAAGAUAUAAAUUUAUCAGCCAGUCGGAUGCAGUUGUAAGAUACGGUCUGCCCGAUAAGCCGCUCGAACUGGGCCGUGUCACACCUGGCACCUAUUGUACGAGGCAAUUCGAUGAAUGCUAUCGUAACAAGUGUCGCCUGCAAAGUCCAAAUUAUCCUGGUAUGUAUCCGAGGAAUGUUACCUGCUACUGGACCAUACGACAGAAAGAAGUUCCCACCAGCAAACAUGCCAUGAUUGCCGUUAGCCAGGAGAAUCAGCACAAGGCCUUAGUGAAGCGGUCAAUUGCCAGCUUCAAUAAGACCUCACGCUCCAUACGCGCCUGGUCGGACUGCACGGGCGAACGUGAUCAUCUCAUCUUCUAUGACGGCAGCUCCACCAACGAUCCCGUGCUGGCCAAAUACUGCGGCGGCGAUUGGUUGCCACGCGUCGUGUCACGUGGCGCAGAAAUGCUGGUCGCCUUCCACUCGAGCCCCUUCUCGGCCCCGUUGCAGCAGGGCAUACCGAAUCGGGGCUUCGAACUGGAUGUGGACAUACUCUUCACCGAUUCGGACUCCUACGACUUUGCCCAGGGCACCAAGAACCUCUGCGAGUUCCACAUAAAUGCCUCGAAUCCAGAUGAUGUGCUAUUCUCGCGUCGCGGCCGCAUGGGACGCAUUGUGAGUCCGCGUCACACGCUUCCGCCGAACACAACGUGCACGUACCACUUUCACGGAUAUCCUGGUGACCUGAUUUGGUUAUCGUUCACCAGCUACAAUCUGCAGAUCCUGCAGCAGGCGAUACACGACAACAAUACGCUGGGACGGAGCGAUCUGCCGCCUUGGAUAACCCGCCUGCGGAUGUGGGACAGCUAUGGCACAUAUGUGCCCAUGAAAUCGACAAGUUCAACCACCGGACAGCCGCCACCGCCACCGCCAGUGGCCUCCUCGGCGGACGGGGGGAAGCCCACGCUAUUGAACCAGAGCAACUACGGCAGCUACUACUAUAGUGCCAGUAAUCCGAAGCUGAAUCGAAAUCUGCGCGUCAAUAUCGACAAUGCCUGGAAUCCGGUGGACACGUACAUCUACGGACCCACACAGUCGAGCGUGUUCAACCAGGAGAACAAGUACAGCGGCUACCAGGGUGGUGCCGGUGGUGGUGCUGCCGGUGGUGGCGCAGCCGGUGGUGGCACAGGCAAGCAGUUGACCAGCGUCAAGGACAGCCUCAACUACAUUUCCGGCGGCAAGUCCUCCGUCAAAGAUGGCGGCGCUGGUGCCUCUGCUGCCGCCGUCCUCAGCUCGGACAGGAACAACGCCGUGGCGCUGAUGAGCACCAAGGGCAAGCGACGCCUCAUGCUGGAGAUCUACGACUACGAGACGCCUAAGCUGUGCGAUCACACGGCCAUCGGGAGCGGCGUGAGCGGCAGCAGCGCCCUGAUGGGCGGCAACAAGCAGCGGCCGUGCAGUCCGCUGGAGAGCUACGUGAGCACGGGCAGAGAUUUGAAACUGGAGUUCCACACGCAUACGGGAACAGCCUUGUUCCCGGCGCAAUUCGCUUUGAACUACGAGUUUGUGGACACGGAACAGGGUGGUGACACCUGGCCGGGCAGGCGAGGCGAGGAUCCAGUGCCGCCUCUAUGCACCCGAAUCUUUCGGAAGCGCAAAGGCAACAUCCAGGUGCCCCGGAACGUCUUCCUGUAUGGCCGAGGCGGGGCCAAGAACAUCACCUGCCUGUACAGGUUCGAGGCGGGUCCAUCGGAGCGGGUAAAGCUGGUGCUGCACAAUGUAUCCUUUGGCGAGGGCACCGCCUGCACCACCGACUCAGAUCUGCAUACGGGCCGGCCGCGCUGCAAUCAAUUGGAUCCAGAGGGUCGCAUCACGGAGCUGCGACUCUUUGAUGUCCCCUUCCGAGAUGUCAAAAUCCAGCUGGGAUGCUUCUGCGACAACUCGAGUGCCCUGUACAGCAACGCACCGCUGACGUUCGUCUCCCACUCGCGGAUUAUGGAGCUCAGCUUCACGGUGACCCGACUCAACAUCUCCGAGGACUUUGCCGAUGUCUUUUUCUCCGCCUCGUACGAGUUCAAGCGCCAGCCGGACUGUCGCAAGCAAUUGAAGCUCAAGGGCGCUGGUGGCGAGGAUGAGCUCAAGUAUCCGCUGAAGACGCAAGAUGCCAGCUGCGAGGGCCUGGCCUGGUACAUCGAGGCCCAGUCCGCCGAACGGUCCCUCUUCGUCCAGACCUGGGGCGCCUAUCUACCUGUGGAUCCCACAUCGGAGGAUGCCAUGCGCUGUCACACCAAAAACCGUUUGAUGAUCUACUCGGGCAGGCCGCUCAAGCCCAUGCGAGUGGUGUGCCCCGCCCAGAGUGGGCCGAGGCCAAUGUCCUUGCACAUCUUCUCCGAGGACUGGACCAACGGACAGCCUUUGUUCAUGAACAAGCCCAUCAGUCUGGUGCUGGAGCCCAUACUAAAGGAGCCCGGCGAUAUAGCUUUCACAUGGCUGGAGAUACACCGCACCAAGAAUGCGCUGCUGCAGCAGUUGGACCUGCAUGUGAACGCAAGCGUGACCACGGGCCUGGGCUCCGGCUCCGGCUCUGGCUCUGGCUCUCAGCCCUCUGGCCAUAGUUCAGGCUCUGGCGGAGUGGUCGGCACGGGCAGUGCUGGAGUGGCCGGGGCUGGUGGAGUAGGUGGUGGAGGCUCAGCAAGCGGUGCUACGGCCAACGAAACCCUGAACGAAUUUGGUUUCUAUCCCAAGGAGUCAGAUUGCGAAUACAAAUGUCCUGAAAUUGAUGCAUGCAUAGCAGCCAGCCUGUGGUGUGAUGGUCAUCACAACUGCCCCAGCGGCUUCGAUGAAUCGGAGGAGGAAUGCGGCACCGCCCGUAAACUGCUGGAGUUGCCUGGCGGCGUCUUUGCGGCCCUGGGAUGCAUCGCUGCCGCUCUGACCGCAUGCCUAAUCUUCUGCAUGUUCGGGCUGAUGCGAAAGCGCAAAAAGAGUGUGGUGCAGAAGGGUGGCGGCGUUGGCGGCGUUGGAGGCGUGGGCGUGGGCAUUGGCUUCAUGAAUGGCGCCAGCAAUGGGAAUGUAUCGGCCGCCAGCAUCGGCACCCUCAAGAAGGACUUCAAGAAGGAGGCCCUGUUCAUCGAUCCGGCCUCCUGACACGGACUCCAGCCGGUCGAGUACAUACAUGUGGAUCGGGAGACCACCGUGUGAUAUGUUGCCGCCGGCUGUGGCAUGCCCUACGACGAGCACCUGGAGCUGGGAAUGGAAAUGGCCUGACCAAGCGAUCAGCAGAGUGCCCUCGACACAGUUCAGGGUCUGGCCUGGAGAUUUUAAAGCUACUGAGAAUGACAAUGAAGGUAUAUGAAUGGAUUGGAGGCAUGAACACUAUAAAAAACUAAAUUGUAAGUCGAUAACCUUUUCUAAACGCUUCUGGGAGUAACCAAUCGACUAGGAACGUACGAGUGUAUGGUGCAUAGUCUUAGGGACAUUCGAUCAGCCGAUUGAUCUAUUUAUUUCAUUGCAUUUUGUUAUUCUGUCUUUAUUGUUUGGGACUUCUAGUACCACAGAUCUAACUGUAUAUAGUUUGAAUAUAUUUUAUGUAUUCCGUUGGGAUAGAAGUCAAGAACAGGCAGAUUUCAGUGGAUUUUAUACAAAACUAGGGACAGUGAUAGCAAUUAAAGUUUAUUUUUUUCUAAAGAGAAUUUUUCAUGGCGUGCGAGUAUGUUUCAUAAAGGUAACCAUUCAAUAAAAAGACUUUUAGGUCCAUUCUUAAAUACAUACUAUACAAAACAGCUUCAAGCCUAGAUUAACGUACAUUUUGUUCUCGAAAAGUGAUUUCCUUAUCUUGACUUCACAAAAUGUCUGUUAAUUUGAGCUCUCUUCUUUUAAUCGUCUCCAUCAUUUCAUUGUUUAGGAUUUCAUGCCUCAACAAAUCCGAAAAGCAGUAAAAAAAACUAUUGUAAAUUAGGUACCUUUAAUAAAGUUAGUUGAGAUAGAGAGCAAAUAAUUCGAGGGCAGAUAGUAGAGGAAGCCUUCGGCAUAAGUAACAUAUUUACCAUAUAUAGCACAUAGCACCGAUUAAAAGGAAGUUAAUACAUUAAGCAAAUACAUUUAGGUACUAAAUGCAAAAAGAUCAGAAACUACAAUGAAAUUGUAUAGAAAAGAGCAACUCAAAGAGCAGAUCCUUAGGCAUAUACUCUAUUGGGCCGCUCUGGUAUUAACUUCUAAGGAACUAGGAUAAAAGAACUAGCGACAUUGAUUGGAAUGAGAAUGAUUGGAAUGAUUGGGGAAAAUCUCGACAGUGUUGUGAUCCAAGGCAUGCACAUACUGAACUAUGUUUAAACACAACCAAAUCGCAAGCAUUUACGUGGUACUACAUAGUCAUGAUUCGAUUUGCGAUACUUGAAGAGCUAGGUAUUAGCUAGUAUAUAGUCUAUGAGGAGGGUCCGCACUUUUUUUUGGGUUUUUUAUCGUAAAGCACACUCUCACACAAAAAUAGAGCAGAUAACAUCACUUAGUGGUUUAUUAAACAUACAUACAUACACAUAUACAAUCGUAUGGGAAAUAUAAUUGUUAUUAACGAUUAAAGUAGAGCUCGAAAACCAGAGUAAUGUUCACUUAUUCAACUUAAUCAAGAGAACUGCCACAAUAUUCUAUAAGAAAAUACAAAAACCAAUUCGAAUAUUUAUGUAAAUAUAUUUAUCGGGCGUUUAUUUUCAGGAUCUUAUUUUCUUAUUUUUUAAUUGUUUUUUAAAAUGUUUGUAGCUGCAAUAAAUCAUAUUCCUAACUUAACAAAAAUAGAAUAGAAUAAAAUAUAGAAAAAAACAAAAAUGUAUGCAAGCCGUAGCAUUAAAGCCUGGCAUGGCCCAUAACCCAUUUAAACAAUCAAACUUUUGGCAGUUGAUAGGAUUAAGCAAACACCAAAAAGAAAAUGCAAAAAAGCAAAAAAGCCAAAAAAAAAGACAAAAGUACUUUAUUUUAUAGACAGUAAAACUAGGAAAAUAGAAAAAAUAAAUAUUAAGACCUUCGGUGGUCUGCAAUGAAAAUUUUAAAAAUGUAAGAGCCCUGCCAUAUGCAGACAAAAUCCAUUAAAAUUGCAACUUCCAUAAAACAUAUAUAUAAUUUAGUCACCAUUAAAAACCCGAAAAAGAGAAAGAAGGAAAUAUAUACACGAAUUAAAUCAAAUAUUUUCAGUUGCAUUUUUUGGUAGAAAAUAACCCAAAUAUUUAUAGCCGAAAAAAGGAAGAACAAAACAAAAGGGGACGGAACGAUGUGCACUUUUUACAAUUUUAUGAAAAAUAAUGAAUUAUUAUUUCCCAAACACAGACACAAGCAAACAUACAUAUAUGAUAUUUUACACACACAUUUUUAGUAUAAGAGACAAAAUAACAAUGAAAUAUUCGAUAUACAUACAUAUACGAGUAUAUACUCGUACAUAGAAGCAAUGGCAAGAGAAAAUGCCAAAAAAAUAAACGUAGUUUUAAGAGCAGCGCCCAAGCUGUUACUAUUUCCUUGGCCACCAUCGUCGUCGUCGUAUACAUCAUCUCAAUCAUCAGUUCGGGGUUCAGUUCCUUCUCUCAAUCCAACCAAACUAUGGUAAUUUCUGUGCCAACUGUGUUUAAAGUAGAAUUCGAAGAUAAAAUAUGACAGCGCAUAAAACUCUACACUACAUGUAAUUUAUUUGAAAUGUUCGAAAAUAAAGUGGAGAAAAUAUGGAGAGAAUGACGGCGGAAGAAAAGGAAAAUUGUGAGAGUGUGAGAUGGUAAAUAAUAAUAAAAUACAGACAGCUGUGUAAAUAGUCGAAAUGCGUACACACUACGCAUAUUUAAUUAAAAAAAAGAAAUAAACAAAAAAGAAAAAACUACAUACAUAGAUAAAGAUACACAAAAGAAAAACACAAAGACAAAGGGAAAGGGAAAGGGGAAGCGCAGAGAACUCUCUCGCAAUUGCAUUUCCCCUAUUUUUUUUUUAGUAAUAAAUUCUCCUCAGUUUGCAGUUCGAUAUAUAGAGUAAAGUAAGUUUCACUUGUAUGAUAAAUAUAACUAAACCAAACAUUUAUAUAGAGAUAUUAUACGUACAUAUAUGAAAUGGAAAAAACCCUAAAAUAAUGACGCACUGAAUCAAAUAGAUGAAACGAGUAUUUAAAAACCAUGACAAUUAAAACCAAAAAGAACUUUAAACAAAAACGAAAUUCAAAAUA